UCGAUCUUUGUGUCUCUCCCACUGCAAGCCCUCACUUCACAGCCAACUAGGCUAUUUAAACCAUCUCAAUCCCCGCUUCAAUACGCCCUUCUCCCAACCCCACAACUCGUUUUCACUCUUACCACCCAGAACUUAUCUUCCAGAGUCUACUUCGCAUCCUAGAAAUGGCUGCCGCUGGGACUCUUCUUACAUUCGUCAGUGCCGACAACGUGCACAUCGAGGUUGAGCGCGAUGUCGCCGAGCGCUCUCUUCUUAUCAAGAACAUGCUGGAGGACUUGGGUGAUGCCACCGAGGAAAUCCCCAUUCCCAAUGUCAACGAACCUGUCCUAAGAAAGGUCAUUGAAUGGUGCAGACACCACAAGAACGACCCCCCUUCUACUACUGAGGAUGAAGACUCCCGCCGCAAGACCACUGACAUCGAUGAGUGGGAUCAGAAGUUCACGCAGGUCGACCAGGAGAUGCUGUUUGAGAUUAUUCUGGCUGCGAACUACCUCGACAUAAAGGGUCUUCUAGAUGUAGGCUGCAAAACCGUGGCGAAUAUGAUCAAGGGCAAGUCUCCUGAGGAGAUUCGCAAGACUUUCAACAUUCAAAACGAUUUCACUCCCGAAGAAGAAGAUCAGAUCCGUCGUGAGAAUGAAUGGGCUGAGGACCGCUAAACCUACAUUGAUCGUCGACGUCGCCAUGCUUGCUCUCCCGGACUGCUUUCUAUGGAACGCAAACCGGGAGAGAUGAGCCCAUAUGAGCCCAUAUCCUGAUGUUUCGGCCGGGGCUUAAUCUGGUCUAAACUUGUUUGCAGUUCACGGCGUUAUGAUAUUUUUCCUUCAUGUCAGCGGGUUUUCUUUGUCACUGUCACUCUUUCCGUCUUGGCUUUGUGCACUUGUGCUUCACGGCCAGGGGUAGAUGUAGCUUAUUACAAGGUUAGGGAACUGCUGUUCCUUCGCUCUCUUAUCAUCCUAAGUUUAUCUUACUACCUCGCGGCUCGCAUUUUCCUGGAAGAAAAAUUCAACCAACCGGGUGUUCGCCUCCCGGCUGCCUAUUAAUUUAAUUGCCUUCACUUGCCUGAA